GAUCGGCGGCCAUUUUGUCACCAUUUAUUACUAGUGAAAGAGUCUCUCGUCGAGUCGCGCAAAAUAUUCGCCGUGUUUUUGUGUAUUUCGUUAUAAUAAUUAUCAACCAGAUCAAGCAUUACUAACAGCAACCCUUAAAAAGUCAACGGAAUGAGUUAACUACUGUGAAUGGUAGUUAAUAAAACACAGAGGAUUCAAAAUGCAAAAUUGGAAUCAAUGGCAACUACCAGCAGCUCCCGUGCCGGCAACGACAAUGCCACAACCACCGGUUGGUUAUCCUGCUCCUGCUCCAGGAGCAGAUCCCAUGGCUAUGAUGCAGUCUUAUAUGCAGUAUUAUAGCCAACCACCUCCAAGUGGUUAUACGUCUGAACAAUGGUCAGCAGCGCAACAACAAAAUUGGGCUCAGUGGCAACAGUGGCAGCAGCAAUAUCAGCAAUGGCAAGCUCAAUAUGGAGAAAAGUAUCAAGAAACAAUGAAGCAGUAUGCAGCAACAAAUAUGUCGAAUUCUACUAGACAAGCGCCACCUUUGCCAGCAUCUCAGCCACCUUUGCCAAGAGAUGAAAAUUCCAAGCCCCCAUUACCACCUGACAAUUCAAAUCAAUAUCAAUAUUCAUCAAUACCACCUCCUCAUCAAAAUAAUUUACCUCUAUUCCCAUCGAAAGUUGAAAAUUCACAGAGUCAAGGCACUAAUCCACCAUUACCUUCCCAACCACCUUUGCCAACACAAACAAGUGACUCGAGUCUAUUAGGUAAACAGAGUAAUACUAAUAAUGAUAAUUCAAAUUCAGAACCUAGUGCAAAAAAGCAAAAAAUCGAAGACGAAGAAUUAAGUGAAGCCGAAAAAACAUUUGAUUCUCAGUUUAAACAGUGGGAAGAAAAAUUUAAUACGUGGAAACAACAAAAUGCCAAUCAUCCCGAUAAGUCUCAAUAUCAACAAUACGAAGCAAAAUGGACCUCGUGGAGGGAGAAAUUAAUCGAACGCCGUGAACAAAUGCGACGAAAACGCGAACAACAGAAACAAAUGGCACUGAAAGCAGAGGCAGAGAAGAAAAAGGAUUUACCCGGUGGUGAUAAAAUUCUCAACAUUCUAUCGAACACGGAAAAUCAGGGUCUAAUAAACAAUCUCCUGGGAAUUGGUAAAACACUCGGCCUAACUGGUAAGCAGGAAGUGACAGCAUCGCCACCGCCACCACCGCCGAAUAACGAGAAAGUAGUUCCAACCCAGGCGCCAACAGUCGCACCGACACAAUCAACAUCAAUGGCACCACCGACAAUGACCGCCGAAAUGAAUCAAGCAGCCUGGGCCGCACAGCAAUGGGCCGCUCAAUACAAUCCCGGAGUACAAAAUUACCAAAACUAUCAGCCAUUAAUGGGAGCGGCGCCACCGAAUCUCUAUUCACAACCACCGCCAAGUUUUGCGAAUGCACCCCCGAAUUAUUCAACGGCACCGCCGAGUUUUCCACCUGCGGGAGGGAAUAUCCCCGGUUCUAUGAACAUGGCCGGUCAUCCAAAUAUGAGCGGACCACCGCCGAAUAUGUCCUCUAAUUUAGGGGGACCAGGGAAUAUGUCUUCUAAUAUUGGCGGACCACCGAAUUUGAAUUCUAAUUUAGGGGGACCACCGAAUAUGUCCUCCAAUUUAGGAGGAUCAAAUUUAGGAGGACUAAAUUUAGGAGGACCAAAUUUAGGAGGGCCAAAUAUGGGAGGACCGAAUAUGGGAGGACCAAAUAUGGGGGGACCACCGAACAUGAGUGGUCCGCCGCCAAACAUCGCAGGACCCCCCUCGAAUAUGAGUGGUCCACCUCCGAACCUCGGGGGACCACCGCCGAAUUUUUCCCUCCCACCUCCUGGUUUCAAUACACCCGACCGACAGUCAACCUCCUUCGGUCCAUCCGGAGAUGAUAAAAAUUUCCCCAUGAAUCAAAGACCACCCUUCGCACCUCAAGGUAGAUUCAAUCCCGAUAAUCGUGAAUUUAACGGUCCUCUACGCGAUCAGUCCGCCAAUAAUUCAUUCAACAACGAUUCUUUCAAUAAAAGUGGUACAUUCAAUGACAGUAUGAACGAAAAUGAUCGUUUCGGUCCAAAUAGCAAUAAUAAUAAUCGUUUUCCACCCAAGAAUGAUCGUUUCGCUCAAAAUCGUUUUGGUUCCCAAAAUGAUCAACAAUUUCCCUUCAAUGAUCGCUUUGAUUCGAAUGAUUCGUUUCAGAAUGAUAAUUUCAAUAAACGUGAUAACUUUGGAAAUAAUAGAAAUUUCGAGUCGGCUGCGAAAAAUACAAUGCCACCAGAAUUGAAAAAAUUGAUGGAGAAGAGAAAGGCGGCGAUGGACGCUUUUAAGCCGAGUAGUAAUUCAUUUUUCACCUCGAAUACAAGUUUUGAAGUUGGAUCACUUCGUGAGAGUUUCAAGAAGAUUUCGGGUGAUUCGCCUUUCUUGAAGAAACGACAAGAGGAGGGGAAGGACUCCGAACAGGAUAAUAACGAUUCCGAACCGAAAUUCGAGCAGUCUUUCGAUUUUGCUCCCCGUACUGGUGGGGGCAAUAAUUUCGGUCCUCGCGGAAUGUUCGGUCCUCGUAACUUUGGACCACGAGGUCCAAGGGACUUUGGACCGAGAGGUUCGGAGUUUGGACCAAGAGGUCCGGACUUUGGUCCUAGGGGUCCGGAUUUCAGUCCUCGUGGAAGAUUACCAGGUCCCGAUGGUUGGCAGAGAAUGCCAUUUAACUUUGGGGAAGGGAAGACUUUUGUCGAACCACCGGUUGAAGAAUUGAAACCACCGGAAGAUUUUCCGAUACAAAUUAUCGAGAAUACGGAAACUUCGGCUGCGGUCGAUCCCAAUGAGGUGACGAUUAUCGAAAAUGCGUCUCAGGAGGAAGUUACGAUUAUCGAGGAAAUACCGAAGACAAUACCCCCUCUGGAGCAACCGCUCUGGAUGACCGCCGCCCUGGACGAAACAGAAGUUAAAGAAAUUCCCAUAAAUACUCCAAACGAUGUUCCACCGAUUCAAGAGGAGAAUUCAAACAAGGAGAGCGCUCCAAUCACAAAGUCGAACGAUCUUCCAUUCAUGGGCGAAAACGAUCCGAAACCUGAAGACCUGAAUAUGGAACCACCACCGGAUUUACCGAAUCUAGGUCCUAUUAUUCAAAAUCCUCAGUUUGAGGGCCCACCACCAAAUUCGGAAUUUCCUCCGAAUUUCAAUCAAUUCGGACCUAGAGGACCCCUUCUGCCUUUUGGACCACGAGGGCCAAUGUUUCCUCCACGCGGUCCCGGUGACAAUUCCUUCCCGCCUUUUGGACCCAGAGGACCGGGCGAUUUCAACAAUAUGCGACCUUUCAAUAAUCGAGCGAUGGGGCCAGGCGACUUUAGACCCCAAGGACGAUUCGACGCAAGCUUCGGUCCUAGAUUCAACAAUUUUCAGCAAAGGAUCGAAGAACCUGUUGGUGAUAGUCAAAAAUCGAUUCCUUCGCUAAUGUCCAUGAAGUUCGAACCUCCGAAAACUUUGCUAAAACCCCCGGAGAUUAAUUCGCCGUUCGAUCCACCGAAAAUUAAUCCCGACGACGAGAACCGGGAUUCUCCAAAUUUUGGAGCCAAAGGUGCGAAAUUGCCAGACUGGAAACCUUUCGGUCAAAAUAUGGAGCGUGAUUCGAAUCAAGGGCCGAAUCAAGGUCCCUAUCAAGGACCAAACCAAGGACCGAAUCAAGGAAUGAAUCAAGGACCGAAUCAAGGAUUGAAUCAAGGACCGAAUCAAGGUCCCUAUCAAGGACCAAACCAAGGACCGAAUCAAGGAAUGAAUCAAGGACCGAAUCAAGGUCCGUAUCAAGGACCGAAUCAAGGACCCUAUCAAGGACCAAACCAAGGACCGAAUCAAAGAAUCCCUCCCAAUCAAGGUAUGGGACCGAAUCAAAGAAUGCCGUUUCAAAAUACCGACUCGAAUGAGCCGGUAAUUUUCGAAAAUGACGAUCGCGAGAGAAAUGAUGGAGGAAAUGAAAUGGAACAGUCAUUAAAUAAUCCAGAAUUGGAAAAUAAACAACAAUUUGAGAGAUCACAAUCGCCAUUCACUGGAGGACCACCAGCUUUCAAUCAAAAUCGUGGAAGACGACCAGAACCGGAAUUUUGCAUCGAGAGGCAAUUUAAUUACAAUCAUGGUGGUCGAAUGCCGGAGAAACAAUUCACGGACUAUGUGGCACCGAAAGUAAUUGACUAUAAUCACUUGAAACGUACAAUGGUACACGACUAUUUAACACCAGUGCAAUCGUUUGAUUACGCUCACGGUAAUUUACAUCCCGAUGUGCCGGAACAUGAAAUUAGUGGACGAAGAGAUUUCACCAGAUGGGAAGAAACGGAACAAAAUUUACAGGAAUAUUCCGAGCAGAUGAAAACCUACGAACAGGAUUAUCAGUGGAAGCGUAUUGAUCGAUUGAGGAGUGAUGAUAUUUCCGAACAUGAUGAGAAAUCGUUCAAGAGAAAUAGGGACGAGUAUAGAAAGGAUUACAAGAAGGAGAGUGAUAUCAAGAGGGAUCGUGAUCGAAGAGAUCGAAGAGAUGACUACAGGAAGGAUAAUGAUCGUCGUAGGGAUUCGGAUUAUAGAAAAGAUCGAAAGGAGUCGGAUUAUAGGAAAGAUUUGGAUCAUCGUAAAGAUUCGGAUCAUCGUAAGGAUUCUGAUCAUAGAAGAGAUUUCGAUCGUCGUAAGGAUUCGGACUUUCGAAGGGAUUCGGAUCAUAGAAAAGAUUCUGAUUAUAGAAAGGAGUCGGAUCAUAGGAGAGAUUUGGAUCAUAGAAAAGAUUCGGACUUUCGAAGGGAUUCGGAUCAUAGAAAGGAGUUUGAUCAUAAGAAAGAUUUGGAGAAUAGAAAGGAGUUUGAUAAUAAGAAGGAGGAGAGUAAAAAGGAUUCUGAUUUUAGAAAAGAUGCGGAUCAUCGAAAGGAAAUUGAUGAGAGAUUUGAUAUUGAUGAUAGAUUGGAUACUUUUGAGAGUAGUGAUGCUAAUCAACAAAUUGAGGGCGAUAUGCAAACUGGUGCCGCACAGGAGGUGCAGGACUUCACGCAAGAUGUGGAUUUUAGAAAGGAUAAUCUUGACUGGGGUGAUGAAGAUUGGGGCCUUGAACGUGAUAUCAAUUCUGGGAAAAAUCCGGACGCCGAUGAUAGAAAUUUAAAGGAAUCUGAUAAAAAUGAAAAUGAAAGAUCAUCGGAGUUUAAUAGCUGGCAGGACAGUCCGAGCAAGAAAACCUCAGACACUUCAUUGGUGGAUUCCAGCAGUCAAGAUGUCAAGAAAAUUACAUCAGAUAGUCAAAGUAAGACACUUGAGCUACCGAAAAUACCAACAUUCACGGUUCUCGAAGAUAUACUGUACCAACCAGGACGUCAGAACAGACCACCAAAAAUAGUUAUUAUUUUAAGAGGGCCACCUGGCAGCGGAAAAUCGUUUCUCGCAAAACUUAUUAAGGACAAAGAAGUGGAACAAGGAGGGUCGGCACCACGAAUUUUAAGCAUCGAUGAUUAUUUCCUUGUCGAAAAGGAAAGAGAGACUAAAGAUGAUAAUGGAAAGAAAAUAGUAAUAAAGGAAAUGGUCUACGAAUAUGAAGAAGCUGUGGAAUCGAGUUACCUUGCAUCGCUGGUGAAAGCGUUCAAAAAGAACAUAACGGAUGGCUACUUUAGUUUUAUUAUUUUAGAUUCGAUUAAUGAGAAAAUAUCCGAUUACGAUGAUAUGUGGAGUUUCGCUAAAACAAAAGGUUUCAAAGUGUUCGUCUGUGAAAUGGAAAUGGACGUUCAAGUUUGCCUGAAGAGAAAUAUUCACAAUCGCUCCGAGGACGAGGUCAAUAGAAUAGUUGAUUAUUUUGAACCAACGCCGAAGCAUCAUCAGAAAUUGGACACAAGUACUUUCUUGCAAGAAGCAGCCAUUGAGGAUGUUCAAAUGGAAGAUGUUCAAAAUUUGGAGAAACCAGCUCAAGGCAGUGAGGACAGUCAGGAUAGUCAGGAAGAUCAAGGAUUGGGGGUUAGCAAAUGGGAGCGAAUGGAAGCAGAAAAUAAAUUAGAUCGAUUGGACGGUUUAGCCAAAAAGAAACACGAGGGAAAGCCACAAACAAUGGAAGAUUUUCUUCAAGUGCCAGAUUAUUACAAUAUGGAGGAUAAUUCUGGCAAAAAGAGGGUGAGAUGGGCAGAUUUAGAAGAACGGAAAGAGCAAGAAAAAAUGAGAGCUGUAGGCUUCGUAGUCGGUCAUACAAAUUGGAAUCGAAUGAUGGAUCCAACAAAAGGAGAGAGUGCACUAACGAGAACAAAAUAUAUAUGACCGAAGUUUUAUUCUAAAAAACAUGGAAAUCCACGUUGGAAUUAAUAUUAAAUUUCAUUUGGUACUUUGUUUAUAAUAUUGAGAAAUAUCAAAUUAUAAAUGAAAUCGAUGUUACCAAACAAUUAAAAAAUUUUAAGAAAAAGAAGAAGUAGAAGAAGAACAACAACAACAACAAAAGAAGAAGAUGAAGAAGAAGAAGAAUUAGAAGCAAAAGAAGAAAGAAGAAAAGUAUCACUGAAAUUUUGUGAAUAGACUUUAAAAACCCAACGGACUGACAAUUUUUUUUUAAUCAACUGUAUUUCACAGUUAAAAGCUAUACGUAGCUUCAAAUAUUGAUUUAAAAUAAAAAAAGAAGUUUUUUUUUCUUUGAAUUGUAGAAAUAAUUCACGAAAUCUCGAUCAAGUACUGUUAUUUUAGAAUAAUAAUAAUAGUAAUGAAAAUUACUAAACUAUUGUAUAUUGCAUUGUAGAAUUUUUGAAAAAAUAAGAAAAUUUCAUAUAAAAUAAAAUUAUUUUUCAUGUUCUUUCUCUGUGGAAAAAAAUUUAAUGUUAAUAGUUAUUUACUUACUUUUUUUUAGAAAUGAUAUUACUUAUGUAAACGUUAAAUUGAAAACAAAUGUUUCAGAUUUAUUGUGCACUAUUUUAUAAAUUUAUUUAGAAAAAAAAAUGGAAAGAAAGAAAGAACAUCUUCAGAAACAAUUGUUUAACACAUUUACAUGUAUAGGUAUGUAAAAUGUAAUUACUUUGUGUACUUGAACACGUUCAACUUUGUAAGACAUGAUUGUAAUUUAGACUUAAUUUAUAAAGUCAUUUUAAACGAUUAAAUUGAA